AUGUCAACAUCAUCGACCAUAACAACACGAAAAACACGUUCAACAUGUGUAAUAUCAAAUUCUAUGGAUAUUUCAAAUAUCGUCGAUGAUUUUCAUGGAAAUCUUCAUUCACCAAUACAAUUUACUCAUAUAUAUAAUCAAUAUUAUCAAUCUCAAACACAACGAUCAACAAUAAUUAAUAUACUUUGUAAUAUAUUAACAACAGAAAAUGUUGAUAGAAAAAUUUUUUUGUUUAUUCUUGAUUGUAUAAUAACAAAUUAUGAUUAUUUAUCUGAUAUACAAUUUAAACAAGAUGUAUUACCAUUUAUUAAACAAACAUUUCUAAUAAAAGAUGAUGAUAAUAAUAAUGAUAUAAUAUUAUCAAUAAUACGAUUAUUUAUUGUACUUGUUGAAUAUCGAUCAAAUAUUUUAACAUUAACAUUAAUUGAAUGGUUAUCAUGUUUAUUAAAUUUUCUUGCAACACAUCUUACAUCAACAACAUAUGUAAUAUAUGGUGAUUUAAUUAUUGAUUUACUUUCAAAAAUAAAUAAACAAUUUACACCAUUAUCAAAAGAAAUUGUUGAAAUUCUUAGUCGAACAUCAACAUCAUUAAUUAUUUCAGCAAAUUUUCUUAAUCAAUUAAAAUUAUGGAUACAAAAUACAGAUGAUAUACGAUUAGCUAUAUUUAUUAUUCAUUUAUGGGAAUCAUUAGCUAUUCUUCUUAGUCGUUUGAUAAUACGAGGUCAUGCAAAAGGAAAUGAAAUUUUAGCUGUUAUUGAAGAUGCUUUUAUCGUUUCAAAUUAUUCAAUUCGCAGUGCCGCAUUUACAGCUUGGUCAUCAUUUAUGUUACAUAUUCAUAAUUUUGAUGAUAUUGAUGCUCAUCAAUUAAAUAAUCGUUUAUUAAAAUUAUUUUUAACACCAUUUUUAUCUGAUUCAACAUCAAAAAGUAAAUCGGCAUCAAUAUCAAAAUGUCAUGCAUGGAUAACACUUAUAUCAUUAUAUCCAAAAAAUAUAAAUGAUAUUAUAUUACCAUUUCUUUCAUUUGCAUUUGGUAAUCAUAUAUCAUCAAAAAUAAAUUCAACAACAACAGCAUGGUGGUCGGAAUGUCGUCAAAUAGGUGCACAAUUUAUUUAUGAUUUUUUAAUGAAAAAUAUUCAUUGUGAAUAUAUUUUAACAAUAGCUGGUGAUCAAAUACUUAAUUAUUUAUUUGAUUCAAUUGUUGAUCAAUUAUUAGAUUAUAAAAUAAAUUCAACAAAAAUUGAUGAUAAUUCAUUAUGGUUAAUUAGUUGGAAUGCAUAUUUAAAUCAUUUAAUAAAUAUAUUUAAAACAAAUAAUUUAAUUCAUGAAAAUCAACGUGUUGCUAUAAAUACUUGUUUAUUAACACGUAUUGAACAAUUAUGGAUUGAUUCAAGAAUCGAAACACGAUUUCUUUUAAAAUUAUUUGAAACAUUCGAACAAAUUGGAUUUCCAUUAGCAAUUGAAACUGUUUUAUGUGAUUCAAGUAUACGUACAAAAACAUUAUCAGCUGCACAAUCAUCUCUUAAUUCCAAUGAAAAAGACUCAUCUGUGUCAUUGGAAACAAAAGUUACUGAUGCAAUUUUUCCAAGUUUAAUUGAUUGUGAUAAACCUAUUGAUACUUUUAUUAAUCUUUUAUAUGAUAAUCAAUGUCCUACAAAUACAAUUGACUAUUUUCAUUUAAAUAAUAUAAAUACAAUUGGUGAUAUAGCACGAUUAACACCUGUUCAAAUUGAAAUUUAUCCAAUUCCAUCACCAAAAUUAGCUAAUAUUCAACAAGCACUUUCUCUAUAUGAAGAACAACUAACAAAAUCUUCAUCUAUAUCCCCACCUAUAGAUAAUAUGAAUGAAUCUCUUAUGCCAAUAGCAACAAAUAAUGAAAACAUAUCUACAAUGGAAUUAUCUUCAGUACCCAUAGCAAUGAUUACAAAUCAACAUGAUAAAUUAUAUGAUGUUGAUACAUUAAUUGAUAGUCUUGAUUAUGAAAAACUUUAUUUAAAUGAUAAAAUAUCAUCACCAACAAAAUUUCUACGUAAAAGACAUCAAAAAUCUUUAAUUGAUCAACAAGAAUUAAUUUCACCACAAAAACUUUAUUUAACAUCAAUAAAUAAAAAUAAUGAACAUGAACAAAAUAAUUCUAGAUCAUUAAAAACAGAAAUUAUAUCAAAUAUAACACUUGGUGAUCGUUUACAAAAAGCAGCUGAUAUAUAUAAAACAAAAGGUAUACUACCAUUUGAUAAUGAUUAUAUUGAAUUAAUUCGUCAAUUAUUUAAUAAUUCAUCAUUAACACAUCUUGAACAAUUACAUUUAAAAGCUUUAUUUCUUAAUCAAUAA